UUGAGCUGUCCAGCACAGCUGGGAUUUCAACAAGGACAGAUAGCGCAAUGAAGAGCAGCGUCGACCCGUCAUCAUGUGCACCGGGCUUCCGAGGACUGCCUGUCCGCUGCGACUUUUUGCCCUCUGCAUCCUUCUCUCCCACGCAGCAGCCUAUUUCGGCCUUACAGGUCGCGAGCCUCUGGUUUUUCUGCCCGGUCCAUUUGCCAACGAGCCUCCGAACGGUAAAGCGCACCUGAAGCAAUGCGAGCAGAUGACUUUGACGCGCCGGCAAAAGCGCUUGUGCCGGCGAGAACCGGGGCUGGCGGAGACUCUGAGGGAAUCUGUCCGCCUCAGCCUCCUGGAGUGCCGCUAUCAGUUCCGCAACGAGCGCUGGAACUGUAGUAUGGAUGGCCGUGGAAGCCUUUUAAAACGAGGCUUUAAAGAGACCGCCUUCCUGCUCGCGGUGUCAUCAGCAGCGUUGUCGCACGCACUGGCCAAAGCGUGCAGCUCGGGGCGCAUGGAGCGCUGCACCUGCGACGAUUCUCCUGGUCUGCAGCACCGCGAGGCCUGGCAGUGGGGCGUAUGCGGUGACAACCUCAAAUACAGCACUAAGUUUCUCAAGAAAUUCUUGGGGCAAAGACGUGUCAGCAAGGACCUGCGUGCCCAGAUCGACGCUCACAACAUUAACGUUGGCAUCCGGGCGGUGAAGAGUGGUCUUAAGACUACUUGUAAGUGUCACGGUGUCUCUGGUUCUUGUGCCGUGAGAACAUGCUGGAAGCAGCUCUCCCCGUUUCAAGACACAGGCCAUCUGCUGAAGUACCGCUAUGACACAGCCAUUCGAGUGCAUAGUGUUACCAACUCCGCCACUGGAGAGACCGAGCUGGCAAGCCCACGACGCCACAGCAACACAGGUCCCCGUCUGCGGCCCACCGAGCUGGUAUUUCUGGAGGAGUCACCCAGCUUUUGCAGGCCAUCUCGCUACUCCCCCGGGACGGCCGGCAGACCGUGUUCAAAGGACACCAGCUGCAGCAGCCUGUGCUGCGGAAGGGGCUACAACACGGCCCUCCGCCUCACCACCCUCUCCUGCCACUGCCAGGUCCGCUGGUGCUGUCACGUCGAGUGUCAAACCUGCCUCCGAGAGGAAGAGGUCUAUACCUGCAAGAAACAUUGAUAGCAAGAAGGAAAUUGAGAAGAUGAGACGGAAAGUGAGGAAGUUUGAGGAUUGUUAAUGCGUCGGCUAGACGACUAGUAGAAUUGUGAGAAGUUUGGAGGUUGUGAUAAGGAAAAAGAUGUUGAGGGUGAUCUGCCAGUCUUACCUGGCUUAGUUGAGAUGGAUAAAUCACUUUCUUAAUUUCUGAGCUCCCACAUGGAGUUCCGAACAAAAGUUCAGGAGGAACAUGUUCAUUUAAUAUGACCAAUGAGUGCCUGAACAAGCAUAUAUAAGUACCUUUUGACAGUUCUUCCAGCAUUCCUCCACCACCCCAGCUCCACCUUCUUGAUCGGUUACCACAAAAACCAGUCAAGGAAAUCUUACUUUUGUUCUUCAGCUCAAAUCCUUUAUCGUGGACCGCAAGCAAAAUAUGUAUACCUCCUCUUCAUUAAAGAUUACCUGGCCAUGGGUCCCAGAGCAUUUGUGAGAUGCUUGACUAGAUUGAAAUUUGCUUUUCUGCUGUCAAGGAAACUAAAUGGAACAUUACAUAAUGUUUCCUAGUUUAGUGGAGGUUUGAAUUGAACCAGACCACUUUUUUGUUCUGCAGCAAUAAAUCAACCUCACUGGGAUGUUGCCUGUUGAACGGUCUGUGUUGAUUACACACGUAUGGCAAUGGACUAGAAAUCUGCUGUGUGUAGUUAUACUCAAACUGAUAGUUUGGAAGUGAGACGGCAGUCUGCUCACUUAUAUUUCUGACUGCUUGUACUGUAUAUCUCUCUAUUGCUCUGAGAGUCCACAUAUGGCUUCAAAAUAUACUGAGAGUAUGAAGCACUUAUGAACGCAUUUAUUUGUGAAUAUUAUGAUAGUCUUUUAUAUUUAGUGAAGAAAGUACUUGCGUCUGUUACGAUAUUCACAGUUAUAAUGCUUAACAAAGAUAUAUUACAAAUGGGCGGCGGGGGAGUGGUCGUGCUGAUAAACUGGAAAUCUACUGGGACACAGUCUACUUUCAUAGAAUCUAAUGAAUGUUAGAGAAAGUUAUAUAAUCGGAAAUGUUUUGUUUUAUAUAUUGAAUGGCCAUUAAAUGGCUGUAUCUGGUAAUGGAUAGGAAUGUAUUUAUUGCAAUUAGAUAAAACUGAUCGACUGCUGCAUCAACUUUGAGUACACUUACUGGUGUAUUCCAGAGUGCAUUCACAAAUUUACACCUUUUUAUUUACAUUUGCCAUAUUGCUGCAUGAUUUCCCGCUUUUCUGUGUAGAAGUAUGUCAAAAACACAAGCAUUAGGGAUCGAACGGAAUAAAGUGUAUCAUUACAGCAUGACCCAAACAUCACCUCUCCCUACAGCUGCAUAUAGUGUGUGCAAACAUCUGGGCUUCUGAGUAUGUAGUCUUUAUUCUACGGUUUCCCAUCAAGGGCAAGGAGAGUGAGUAUGUCCCAUCCAGAACAAAGGAAAACAUCUCCUUCCCUAGUAAGCAAGGCUCUCUGGCCUAUAAAUUCUGUAAGCCCUUUCAUGUGUAUGAAGCCUUUGAUAAAGUCCAUUCCAGUCCCUUAUUAGCCCAUUACCAAUCAGAGCAAAUAACAGUGCUUUUUCUUCAGAAUGUGCUGAAAGCAGAAAGAGUUGAAAGUAGGUAUGCUGGAUGCCCAAUUGAGGCCUUUGUUACAGGGAUAUUUAAAUAAAUAUAUAUUUUUUGUAAUUUUUUGUUUAUCUUUAGCUUCAUUUUUUUAUGUUGUUUUUGCUGUUUGUUUAUUUUACAGUUCUUAGCUGUUUUGUUUUCUUUAUGAGUGGAAAUGUUGAAAAUCAGUUCUGUAGGUGCACUGCACAUAAAGGCACAUUUUAACUCCGACACAAAGUAUUACUCAUAAAUGUUUUCUGUUAAAAUUAAACAUUACAUGCAUUUAUUCACUAAACAACUGAAACUCAAAUUUAAAGUAUGAGAAUGUGAGCGUGUACGUGCCUACUUCUCUGUGUGUGUGUGUGUGUGUGUGUGUGCGCAUGGUGAUUCUGGGAAGGCAGAAAACUGCAGUAAAAUUGGCCACAUCAAUCAAGUGAAAGAAAGUCCAAGCAUUCGGUGACAUGCCAUUCAGCUGAAGCAUUUGUAAUGUCUAAAACGUUUGCUUCAAGAGGGUUUCACUUUGACUAAGUUCAAGUUCAUAUGCAUGAUAUGAAAGCUUUCUCCUGUAAUUGAUUCAGUUUCUAUGAAAGAGACUUUACUGAAAAAAGAGAGUUCUCACACUGAGUCAGCACAUGCAAAUAUCUGAAACCCCAAACGGUGGCUGUGAAAAUCCAAAUGAGAUUGUUUUAUACUUCUAAGUGUAUGUGUGUGGAUGUGAGCUUGUUUCUCUGCUGCAACUGAUGAAAUGGUAACAUUUAUAGCACAGACAUCCGUAAUGAACCCCCUGUCAACCUGCGGGUUAUCGAGUCUAUGUGUUUGUUUGUGUUGUCAUAGCUUUAACAGUGUAAUGUUUCACUUUGUGAUUUCACGCCGGGGAUUUUUGCUACUACCUCACCCGGUCUAUAGGGGAAAUUAAAUAAGAUGUUUUUUCUUACUAGAUAUUUAAUACAAUGCUUCUUUUAAAAGCUUUAGCCUGAAAUACAGAUGCAUUUACUCCUCUUCUUUUUUACUUUUGUGAGCGAUUUCCUUAUUUAAGAAUCAAUUUAGCAUAUUCAAA